UGGCCCCCAGGGAGGCCCCAGCUGCUGCCUGGGCCUGAGCCUUAACUCCUUCCCCUCUGCCCAGUGGGCACUGCCCUGGGCACAUUGGGUGUCAUCCUCAGGGUAGUCCAGCACCCACUGAGAAAGGCAGGGAGGGCCUGGCAGCCCGGGAGCAGUGUAGUCCCUGGAACGGGAAGUUAGCUUUAGCACCCCACCCCCAGGACAGGCAGGCCAGCCUGAGGAGGGACACCCUCAGGACAAUCUUCCCACCACCUCCUGCCAAGGAGGGGCCUUUACAAACCUUGGCCAGCGGGAGCAGGUACCUUUAAAUGCUUCCCUGGCAACCAGCUCCUCCUCCCCUGUCCCCCCGAGGCCUUCCCGAGGAAGCCAGCUCCGAGGCUCUGCGUAUUCCUGGUUUCCCUGCAAAGGGAAGGUUCCAGGAGAGCUUAGGGAGGCCUGGGAUGGAUCUGGGGUCAGGUAGAGGCUGGGAUGGGGACUCAGAGACCACCUUCCAGCUGUGGCUGCAGCUGCUUCUCUGGGGCCAUGUGAUUGUCCGUUUCCUGGGCUACCUGCGCUGCAGCCUCUGGGCACCUAAGCAGAGCCAGCACCCUGAGCCUCGCUGGCCAGGGGUAGAUGGGCCCCAGAUCACCCCAUCCCACUCUACCCCCCAUUUUGCCCUCUGCUGGAAGAGGCAGGAAGCAGAGGUGAGUAUGGGGGCUCCUGGCUGGGGUUCCCCCCAUCAUUAUCCCUCUUUAUCUGCCCACUCUUUCUCGUACUGCCACACCCUGUGCCCCAUCCCCAAAUCUGGCAAGCUGAUAGCACCAGAGAGCACACAGCCUGGGCCCUUCAGCAUUUCGAAAGGCCAGAACAGGGCUGUGUCAGAAUCAAGGCACCGUGUGGAGCCUCCUAGUGGGGAAUAG